UUUUUUCUUUUUCUUUUUUUGGGGGUCUCAAGUAGCAGGCCUCCCCCCACCCCCACCCGAGCCCCCCACCACCCCCGGCCUAAGCAGCUACCAUGGCCGAGGUCUCCAGAGCGGCGUUGUCCCAGGCGGGUUGGUAUCUUUCAGAUGAAGGCAUUGAAGCUUGCACAAGUUCUCCUGACAAAGUCAAUAUAAAUGACAUCAUCCUGAUUGCUCUCAAUACAGACUUGAGAACAAUUGGCAAGAAAUUCCUCCCCAGUGACAUCAAUGGUGGAAAGGUAGAAAAGCUUGAAGGUCCAUGUGUUUUGCAAAUUCAGAAAAUUCGCAAUGUUGCUGCACCAAAGGAUAAUGAAGAAUCUCAGGCUGCACCAAGAAUGCUGCGUUUGCAGAUGACUGAUGGUCAUAUAACUUGCACAGCAAUAGAAUUUAGUCACAUGUCAAAAAUAAGCCUAAAUACACCACCUGGAACUAAAGUGAAGCUUUCAGGUGUUGUGGACAUAAAAAAUGGAUUCCUGCUCUUGAAUGAUUCUAAUACCACAGUUCUUGGCGGUGAAGUGGAACACCUUAUUGAGAAAUGGGAAUUACAGAGAAGCUUGUCAAAACACAAUAGAAGCAAUAUUGGAACCGAAGGUGGGCCACCUCCUUUUGUGCCUUUUGGACAGAAGUGUGUGUCUCAUGUCCAAGUGGAUAGCAGAGAACUUGAUCGAAGAAAGACAUUGCAAGUUACAAUGCCUGUCAAACCUACAAAUGAUAAUGAUGAAUUUGAAAAGCAAAGGACUGCUGCUAUUGCAGAAGUUGCAAAGAGCAAAGAAACCAAGACAUUUGGAGGAGGUGGUGGUGGUGCUAGAAGUAAUCUCAACAUGAGUGCUGCUGGUAACCGAAAUAGGGAAAUUUUACAGAAAGAAAAGUCAACCAAAUCAGAGGGAAAGCAUGAAGGUGUCUAUAGAGAACUGGUUGACGAGAAGGCUCUGAAGCACAUAACAGAAAUGGGUUUUAGUAAAGAAGCUUCAAGGCAAGCUCUGAUGGAUAAUGACAACAACUUGGAAGCAGCACUGAAUGUCCUUCUUAACAGCAAUAAACAGAAGCCUGUUACAGGUCCACCUCUGAGAGGUAAAGGAAAAGGCAGAGGGCGAAUAAGAUCAGAAGAUGAAGAGGAACUGGGAAAUGCAAGGCCGUCAGCACCAAGCACAUUGUUUGAUUUCCUGGAGUCUAAAAUGGGGACUUUGAGUGUGGAAGAACCUAAAUCACAGCCGCAGCAGCUUCAUCAAGGGCAACACAGAUUGUCAAAUACUGAGCAAAAUGGAGUAAAAGAUAAUAAUCAACCCAGAUACCUUCCUCGGAAUGAUACCAGACAGCCAAGAAAUGAAAAACCUCCUCGCUUUCAAAGAGACACCCAGAAUUCAAAGGCAAUUUUAGAAGGCAGUGGAUUACCUAGAAACCGAGGUUCUGAAAGACCAAGUACUUCUUCAGGAUCUGAAGUAUGGGCUGAAGAGAGAAUCAAAUGUGAUAGACCAUAUUCUAGAUAUGAGAGAACUAAAGAUACUUCAUACCCUUUAAGUUCCCAGCACAAUGAUGCUGCAUUUAAAAGAAGGGAUAACUCUAUGCAAAGCCGAUCAGGAAAAGGUCCAUCCUACGCGGAGGCAAAAGAAAAUCCACUUCCUCAAGAAUCCAUAGAUUAUAAUAAUCAAAAACGUGGGAAAAGAGAAAACCAAACAGCAAAUCCCGAUCAUUUUUAUGACAGGAAACCACGAACAAUAAAUAAUGAAGCUUUUAGUGCUGUAAAAAUUGAAAAACAUUUUAAUGUAAAUGCUGAUUACCAGAAUCCUGUCCGAACAAAUAAUUUCAUUGGUGUUCCGAAUGGAGAGACAGAAACACCACUGAAGGGAAGGAGAGUUGGACCUAUUAAACCAGCAGGACCCAUCACAGCUACACCCUAUGAUGAUAAAAUAUUUUAUAAUAGUGGGCCCAAAAGAAGAUCUGGGCCAAUUAAACCAGAAAAAGUACUAGAAUCAUCCAUUCCGAUGGAGUAUGCAAAACUGUGGAAACCUGGAGAUGAAUGUUUUGCACUUUAUUGGGAAGACAACAAGUUUUACCGAGCAGAAGUUGAAGCUCUUCAUUCUUCGGGUAUGACAGCAGUUGUUAAAUUCGUUGAUUAUGGAAACUAUGAAGAGGUGCUACUGAGCAACAUCAGGCCCCUUCAGACAGAGGCGUGGCUCCAGGGGAGCUGGAUAUGCACAGGAGGAGUCAGAAGACCUGGGUCGAGUCCUGGCUCUGCCACUUACUACCUGUGUGACUUUGGGAAGAAGAAGGCACCUAUGACCAAACUCUUGAGUUCCGGCGAGGAGGUGAUGGCCAGCCAAGACGGUCCACGCGGCCAACCCAGCAGUUCUACCAACCUCCUCGGGCUCGGAACUGAUAGCAGGAGAGUCUGUGUGAAGAAAGGAGCUGUUGACUGAAACAUCCUGGUCAAAACCUGUUGAUAGAUCUCCUACUUUCCCUUCAGAAUAAGAUGCAGCCAUGGUGGAUAUUAUUUGGAGAACUAAAAGGCAGAUUUAGGGGGAAAAAAUUCAACCCAUACAAAGAAUGGGGAAAAAUACGAAGUUAAAUAAAGCAAAUACCUUUUACAAGUGAGUUUUUUUCUUCUGCCAUCAAUAAAACCAGUGCGCUAUUAAA